ACCAUCCCUUUCACAAGAACCAUAUCAAGAGAGAUCCAAUCUCAAAAACUUCUUUUUUUUUUUUGCUUGGCCAAACAAAAGAGAGAAACAAUGGAGAAGAAGGUGGCCAUAGUUGGCACAGGGAUAAGUGGCUUAGUUGCAAGCAAGCAUCUCCUUGAUAAGGGCUUCAAGCCGGUCGUCUUUGAAGCCGGCUCACAAGUUGGCGGCGUCUGGACUCAAACUCUCGGCUCAACUAAGCUUCAGUCUCCGAAGCCAUCGUAUCAGUUUUCCGACUUCCCGUGGCCGGAGACGGUGACGGAGACGUUCCCUUCGCACGUGCAAGUCAUGCAGUACUUGGAAUCCUACGCCAAGCACUUUGAUCUCCUUCGUUAUAUCCGGUUCGGUGCUAAGGUGGUGGGAAUGGAGUUCAUCGGAGUUGAUGAGGAGGAGAUGGCUUGCUGGGAUCUUUGGGCUGGCACCGGCGAGGGCUUUCUCGGCGGUGGCCGGAAAGGAAGGUGGAGACUUACUGUGCAGCUUGACAAAGAACAGUCCAUGGAGGAAUAUGAAUUUGAUUUUGUGAUACUGUGCAUCGGAAAAUUCAGCGGGGUUCCGAACAUCCCAUCAUUCCCUGAGAAGAAAGGACCUGAAGCAUUUGAUGGACAAGUGAUUCACUCUAUGGAUUACUCUAAAUUAGACAAAGAUGCUGCAAUUCAACUGGUUAAGGACAAGAGAGUCACUAUUGUUGGCUUUUUGAAAUCAGCCAUUGAUAUCACUUAUGAGUGUGCCAUUGCAAAUGGUGUUGAGUAUCCUUGCACGGUCAUAUGUAGAACUCCGCGUUGGAUUAUCCCAGAUUUUUUUGCAUGGGGGAUCCCUAUCUUCUACUUUUAUGCAACUCGGUUUUCUGAGUUGUUGUUUCAUAAGCCGGGAGAAGGGAAUCUACUUAGCCUUUUGGCUACUCUUUUGUCGCCUUUGAGAUGGGCAUUCUCAAAGUUCACUGAAAGCUAUUACAAAUGGGCAGUUCCCAUGCAGAAGCAUGGAAUGGUACCAAAACACAGCUUUUUUCAAGCAAUUACAUCUUGUGUGCUUGCAAUACUGCCUGAAAAGUUCUAUGAAAAAGUGGAAGAAGGUAGCAUUGUUAUAAAGAAAUCAAAGUGUUUUAGUUUUUGUAAGGAAGGUGUGAUGGUUGAUGGAGAGUCUUCACCAAUUGAGAGUGACCUUGUCAUCCUUGCCACUGGUUUCAGAGGUGAUAACAAGCUCAAAUAUCUCUUCACUUCUCCCUACUUUCAAAACAUCAUUCUUGGACCAUCAUCCGCUACUGUCCCUCUUUAUAGGGAAUGCAUAAGCCCUAGAGUGCCACAAAUGGCAAUUCUAGGGUAUUCAGAGAGUUUAUCAAACCUCUUCACAUCAGAGAUGAGAGCCAAGUGGCUUGCUCACUUCCUUGAUGGAGGCUUCACAUUGCCAAGCAUUAAAGCCAUGGAGGAUAAUGUGAAGGAAUGGGACAAGUUCAUGAAAACAUAUUGUGGUGAUCAUUUUAGGAGAUCAAUUAGCACCGUCCACAUUUGGUACAGUGAUCAACUUUGCAAGGACAUGGGAUGCAAUCCAAGAAGGAAGAAAGGCUUCUUUGCUGAAUGGUUCCAACCUUAUGGUCCUAUGGAUUAUGUUCAUCUCUUUUCUAAUACUAAAAAUUAGUUACUUUAUCAUCAUACUUAUAUAUAUAUAAUGAAAAUAAAAGUGAGUGCGCAAGGUUCAUGCGCCCAAAAGAUUAUAGUUU